GUCGGUCGACCAGGGCAAGUCCGGAGAUGGCGGCAAGGAGCGACGGGCUGCGACGACGAGCCGAUCGGGGAUGGAAAAAGCCGCCGCUUGCUGGGAUUGGAAGACGCCAGGAACAGGAUCGAGACGGCGCAGAUGCUGGCGGGGUGUCGCAGAAGUACCGCGGGCGAGACCACCAGGAUAUGCACCAGGCCAGCCGGGAGUGCGUCGGGCUCGCCAGACGGACAUCCAGCUCUGGAUCGACCCCAAGUGGCCAGAUGGGCACUCGGUCAAAGUGCCGUAGAGUCCUCCAUGACGACAUCAUGGACAAGCUGCUUUCAUGCAUCUGGAUCUGCAUCUGCAUCGGCAUCGGCAUCGGCAUCUGCCUCCGAUGUGGCCAAGCCAAGCUCCAGCGGCGACAGCGAAACAGCCCGACAUCCGGGACGUCCAAGAUCGGCGGUGGAAUGCAACGCGCAGGGAAUCGAUGUGGAGAUGGGAGGUCGUGGAGAUGGAGGGUCGUGGAUGAACUGCCGAAACAGCAGCUUGCAGGCAAUCGCAUCGAUCGUGCCGCCGUCUCGUCCUCCUCCUGUCGGCCCAGAUCCCAGCCAUCCGAGGCGAACGACCACCAGCGCCCGAAGCGACCGAUCCCGUUGCGUCGAGGCUGCCCAUGGCCGAUCCGGAUGAAUCCCGCAGGGCCAGGAGCGCCGGCCCGUAUCGGCGUGUACCAACCCUGGGAGCCAGCGGCAUUUUUCGCGCUCGGCCCCGUGGCCUUGGCCACCCGCCGGCCACCCACCGGCCACAGAGCACAGACCGGUCCACCCCGCCAAGGGGCUGGCAGGGGCGACGGGUGCAGGUUCGCACAGGCCCGGCGCGCGACAGGACACCCGACGCAAGGCCGCAGAACGACCCGAC